AUGGAAAUAUCGUUACUUGAAAUUCAAAAAUACUAUAAUGAAUUUCAAGAUAUUAAAUCAGAGAUAGAUCAUUUCAAUGAAGAAUCAAAUGAUCAAUUUGAAAAGAUAUUAGAUUAUUGUUCAACUAUUGAAGGUAAUAUUGAUGAUGAAAGUGCUUUAUCAUCGACAACAAUUAAAUCAAAAACUACAACCUCAAUAGAACAACAACAACAACAACUUAUAAUGAAAAUAAAAGAACCAAUUGAAUCAAUAAGAAAAUCAAUUGAAAAUAUAAAUAAUAAUUUAAAUAAAUUAAAUAAUCUUUUAGAAAUUUCAAAAAAAUUAAUUCAUUUAAAAAAUUUAAAUGAUUUAAAUGGUAUAAUUAGUAAUAGAGGUAAAACUAAAUUAGAAUUAUCAAUUAGUGAUCUUAUUGAAUUUAUGACAAUAUCAUAUAAUAAUUAUGAACAAGAUUAUCAAAUGAAACAAAUUCUAUUUGAUGAUAUUAAAGAUUAUAAAAAUGGUAAUACAUCAAAUAUUACAAUCGAUAAAUUAAAUAAUACAAUUCCAAUGUGGCAAUCUAAACCAUUAAUAGAUUUAACUCAACAACAAUAUAUUACUCAAAGAAUACAAUUAUUUAGUACAAUUUUAAAAUUAUCAAAAUAA